CUUUCCAGUCCUGGGAGAUCUCUUCUUGCUUUAUUCAACGCUUCCGCCAUUGUUUUAAUCUCUAAUCAUUCCACUAAGAUCAUGCACUCAGUUCCGUGAGAUUUCAUUCCAGUGGGGUUCGAUCUUAUUGGUUCUUUCUUUGCUCUGCACUUCUGCCAUUUUAAUUCAGCUCUGCGAGUCUGAUAAGAUUAUCAUGGCACAACAAGCAAGAUCUUGUUCCCUCACUUACAAAUGGACUUAUGACGUGUUUCUUAGUUUUCACGGUGCAGAUACUCGCUUAGGUUUCAUUGGCUAUCUCCGCGAGGCUCUGCGCCAAAGAGGAAUUCAUGUCUUCAUUGAUGAUGAAGGCAUCAGAACUGGAGAAGAAAUCAAACCUGCACUUUUCAAAGCCAUACGAGAAUCAAGAAUAGCGAUCGUGGUUUUCUCUGAAAACUUUGCAAACUCGACCUUUUGCUUGGAAGAACUUGCAAAGAUUCUGGAGUGCUUCAAGGAGGAAGGGCGGCUGAUAUAUCCAAUUUUUUAUUAUGUGGAUCCAUCGGAGCUUCGACGUCCAAGAGGAAGCUAUGCAAAAGCAUUGGCGAGACUAGAGAGACGAUUCAAAGACAAUCACGAGAAGGUGAAAAAAUGGAGAUUGGCUUUGUUCCAAGCUGCUAACUUGAAAGGCUUUCAUCUAAAACCCAAGAUUGCGGAAGAAAAAGAUUAUGUUACAAGGAUCACUAGUGAAGUCUCUACUAGAAUUAGCCGUAUUCCUUUACAUGUCACUGAUUAUCCAGUUGGACUUGCAUCUCGAGUAAAGGAAGUAACUUCACUUUUAGAUCUUUGGUCAAAUGAGAAAAUUAAAAUGGUAGGAAUUUGGGGAGCUGGUGGAAUAGGUAAAUCAACUAUUGCAAGGGCAGUGUAUAAUUCAGUUGCUGAUUAUUUUGAAGGCUUAUGUUUCCUUUCUAAUAUAAGAGAGAAGUCUAAAUCGUCAAAUGGUUUGUCACAUCUUCAGGAGAUAUUACUCAAGGAAUUGGUCAUGGAAAAAGAUCUCAAAUUGGGUGACAUGAAUAAAGGAAUACCAAUAAUAGCACAUAGGCUCUAUCAGAAGAAGAUUCUCUUGAUUCUUGAUGACAUUAGCAAAUCGAAACAGUUACAAGCACUAGCUGGAAGAUGUGAUUGGUUUGGUUCCGGAAGUAGAAUCAUAAUCACCACAAGGAAUAAACAAUUGUUAGUAAGCCAUGAGGUCCAAAGCAUCUAUCAUGUCAAGGAAUUAGAUGAUGAGGAAUCUCUUCAAUUGCUUAAUUGGUACGCCUUUAAAAAGGAAAAUGUGGAGAUCGACUAUGUAGAGGUUUCCAAUCGAGCAAUACUUUACUCAUGUGGCUUUCCCUUAGCUUUAGAAGUGAUUGGUUCUAAUUUAUGUGGUAAGAAUGUCAACGAAUGGAAUUUUGCAUUGGAUCAAUUUGAAAGAAUACCACAUGGAAGUGUUUUGGAGGUCCUUAAAUUAAGCUAUGAUGCUUUAGAGGAAGAAGGGAAGAAAGUUUUCCUUGACUUGGCUUGCUUCUUCAAUGGUGAGAAAUUAAGAGAUAUCAGGGAUAUAUUGCUAUGUUCUCGUGGAAUCCAACCAGAAUAUGCUAUUGGAGUUUUGAUUGAUAAAUCCCUCAUAAAGAUUGAAGGAGAUCAUGUAACAAUGCACGACUUGAUAGAAGAUAUGGGUAAAGAAAUUGUUCGACAAGAAUCACCUAAUGAACCUGGCAGGCGCAGUAGGUUAUGGUUCUAUCAAGAUAUUUUUCAUGUCUUACAACAAAAUACCGGAACUAAGAAUGUUGAAGCCAUAAUUCUAGACUCACCCAAAGGUAAAGAAGUACAAUGGAGUGGAAAAGCAUUCAUGAAGAUGAAAAACCUCAGAAUUCUUAUGAUGAAAAAUGCAUUCUUUUCUCGAGGUGCCAAAUAUCUCCCAAAUAGUUUAAGGGUGUUACAAUGGAAGGAUUAUCACUUCAAAAUUUUACCAUAUAACUUUUGUCCAACAAACUUGUCUAUCUUGAUUUGUCCAAUAGUUGUUGUGAAAUACUCCAACCCUUUGAUAAGAAGUACGAGAACUUAACUCAUAUGAAUUUUAAAAGAUGUAAAUUUUUACAGUGUAUACCAAACUUAUCUGGAGUUUCCAAUUUGAUCGUAUUAUGUCUUGAUGAUUGUACAAACUUAAUUGAAAUUCAUAAUUCAGUUGGACUUCUAACUAAGUUGAGAGAAUGGAGUGCCAUGCGAUGCAAAAACUUGAGGAUCUUACCAUAUGGCCUUAGGUUGACAUCUCUUGAACAUCUCAACCUCUUUGGUUGCUCAAGUCUUCAACAUUUUCCAAAAAUAUUAGAGAAAAUGACAAAGAUGAGAAUGCUUGAUUUGGAUAGGACGUCCAUUGUAGAAUUGCCAUCCUCAAUUUGCAAUCUCAUCGGGCUUGAAAUCUUAAACAUGGAAGAGUGUCAUCAUCUUAAGCGACUACCAGCUAGCAUUUUUAUGUUGCCAAACCUAUGCACACUAAGAGCAAAUUCUUGUGAGGGAAUGAGAUAUUUCAAGAAAUGUGAAGUUGGAGACGAAGCAAGCUUAGACCACUCUACAGCAUCUCUGAAAUUGGAAUACUUCUAUUUCUCAAAUUGCAAUUUGUCAAAUGGUUCUCUUGCUCUGUGUCUUUAUUACCUCCCAAACUUGAUAUAUUUAGAUCUAAGUUGUAAUAACUUCACAGUCCUUCCAGCGUGCAUCAAAGAAUGUUACUGUUUGAGAUAUCUUAUCCUGGAUCAUUGCAAGGAGAUUAAACAUAUCUCAGGAAUGCCACCAAACCUAGAAAAAUUUAGUGCUAUAUGUUGCACAUCAUUGACUGAGUCAUCAAAAAGCAAAGUAUUGAAUCAGGCAAUCUACGAUCAACACGGUAAAAGAUACUUUGUUUUUCCAGACAAGAAGUUCCCAGAAAUGCUCGACAUAGUUAGUACUGAAGAUACCUCAAUAUCUUUUUGGAUCCGUAAAGAGUUCCCAGUGAUUCUUAUUUGGAUACUUGUUAAAGAUGUCCAGGAUUCUCUGUUCGACUUUAAAUUCUCGGUGCAUGUAAAUGUCUCUCGUCAAGAUAUUCCUUCAGAGUGGUUCUCAUCAGUAUCAACAAUAAAGGGUGAUCAUAUAUAUCUGUGUGACCUGUACAGCAUUAUUCACAAGACUGAAUUCUCCCAAGCACGUGAUUGGAAUGAAGUGUUUGUUUCCGUCGAUAAUAAUACACAUGAAAGGCAGCAUGAAAGAAAAAUUAAUUUGGGAGUUCAUGUAUGCAAACAAGAAAAUAGGUUGGAAAAUAUUCGGUUCACGGAACCAGGCAUUGUGGACCAAAAGCAAGUGUGUGGAAUAGUAGUGCUGGUGCUAUUCUAUGUAUCUUACGGGGUGUGGUCCUACCAUUUUGGGCUGAAAGAUAUGAUGUCUUUGUAAGUUUCAUAAGCACAGAUGCAACAAGUUUAGUGAGCUCUCUGAAUCAUGCUCUACGUGCAUGCGGAAUAAAUACAUUCAAUCUUGUUUACGGCAUCCCAAGGAGGGGAAAUGUUGACCCAUUUGCCCUUAAAGUAAUUGAAAACUCUAGGAGUUGUAUAAUUAUAUUCUCUAAAAACUACGCAAUUUCCAUGGGGUGUCUUGAGGAACUUGUUAAGAGCCUUGAUUGUAUGAGAACAAAGGGCACGUUGGUUUUUCCAGUUUACUACAAUGUAUCCCCUUCAGAUAUACAACGUCAAAGAAGAGGACAUCGAAAAGCAUCAAGGGAUAUAGCCAAAUUCUAUAAUAUGGACAUGAAAAUGGUGCAAAAGUGGAGGUUGGCUUUGUCUGAAGCAGCCAACAUGUCUGGUUUUUGGACAAACAAAAGGAGUGAUUCUGAGGUUAUCAAAAGUAUUGUUGAAGAAGUCUCUCAUGCAUUGCUGAAUACCUAGAUGGACUAGAAACUCGCAUGUUGGUUUUGAUUGAACUUGAUUUCCUGUUCAUUUGAUGCUGUAAGUUUCCUUAUUAAGUUGAUAUCAGAGAAAGUUCAAAUCAAUCAAAAAAAGGGGCAGUACAACUCCAAGAGAAGCACUUUUUUUUCAUUAAGUUGUAGAAAAGAAACUGUAUAUAUGUGUGGACCAAAUGAUCUAUAGUACCUUCAGAAUUUUUUAAAUCCAUCUUCUAAGUAAUACCUGAUCCGAACAUUUUGUAGGAGAGUCAAGCUACUAAUUGUGGUUCUGCUUAGUUGACUUAUGCUU